UUGAGUUUCUCAUAAUGUGGAGUUGAAAUCGUCAGUCGGAAGUUGCAAGUCACUAUAGACACUGUUUGGUGAAUGAAUGAUUUUGUGGCUUGGGAAUUAGUUAUAAGCAUCUUGUUAACAGAAGUAUAUUUUCGGGUGAAUUGAUUGUGUGGUUGAAAUAUAUUUCUGAUUGGAGUUAAUUAUGGCAUUUGUAUUCUAUUCAAGUUUUAAGGCAACAAUGAGCGACCAGGGAGAUAAGACAUGUCCUCUCUGUGCUGAGGAGAUGGACUUGACAGAUCAGCAGUUGAAGCCUUGCAAGUGCGGAUAUGAGAUAUGUGUCUGGUGCUGGCAUCACAUUAUGGAUAUGGCUGAGAAGGAUAAUACAGAUGGGCGGUGUCCAGCAUGUCGCAUUCCUUAUAACAAGGAAAAGAUUGUUGGCAUGGCAGCUAAAUGUGAUAAGGUAGUGGCUGAGAUGAGCACUGAAAAAAGAUUGUCGUCUCGCAAGGGAAAAAGUAAAACAGCAGAUUCUAGGAAGCAACUCAGCAAUGUGCGAGUCGUUCAAAGAAAUCUUGUUUAUGUUAUGGGGUUGCCACUCAGCCUAGCUGAUGAAGAUCUUCUACAGCAGAAAGAGUAUUUUUUGAAGUAUGGGAAGGUUCUGAAGGUGUCUAUGUCUCGUACAGCUGCUGGUGCUAUUCAACAAUUUGCAAAUAAUACUUGUAGUGUGUAAGUUUCGUUCCUGAUAUGAGUUACCUGGCUGCUUGAAAAUUGACAAUUGUAAUAGGUCUCAAAAUUUCUUAUGUCUCA